GGAAUUCAGUCAGUCGCAAGCCAGCGGGACAUACGCGUCUGCUGUCCCACCAGAACAACGGUUAGACCCUAGAUCAGAAUAUAUUUUUGUACGAGUGAAUCGUUUUUACCACUUAGCGUCGUUUUUAUGUCUUAUGCGCGUUGCGUUUGAGGGCCGGACAGACAAUCAGUAAGUGCGCGCAAUGCCGGCGUCGAGCCUCUUCUCCGACAUGGACCGCCCCAGCGGCAUCGGCGACGAGCGGGCCCUCCAGCUGGCCCUUGAGCUGUCGAUGUUGGGCUUCAGCGAGCCCUUGAGCGCCGUCGCCGAGCCGGACGCCGCCGCCGACCUGCCCUUCGUCGGAGGGUUGACCAGCGUGGGCCUGGACGAGGUGCGCUCCAAGAAGUCGCAGAACAUGACGGAGUGCGUGCCGGUGCCCAGCUCGGAGCACGUAGCGGAGAUCGUGGGCAGACAAGGUUGCAAGAUCAAAGCUCUCCGGGCCAAAACAAACACCUACAUCAAGACGCCUGUCCGCGGCGAGGAGCCCGUUUUCGUGGUGACCGGGCGCAAGGAGGACGUCGCCAAAGCAAAACGCGAGAUCCUGUCGGCCGCCGAACACUUCUCCCAGAUAAGGGCUUCCCGAAAGAACAACCUGGCCGGGCUGGGGUCGGGCGCCAGCACGCCGCCCGGCCCGCCCGCCAACAUCCCCGGCCACGUGACGAUCCAGGUCCGCGUGCCCUACCGGGUCGUGGGGCUGGUCGUCGGCCCCAAGGGCGCCACCAUCAAGCGCAUCCAGCACCAGACGCACACCUACAUCGUGACGCCCAGCCGCGACAAGGAGCCCGUGUUCGAGGUGACGGGCCUGCCCGAGAGCGUCGAGUCGGCCAGGAGGGAGAUCGAGGCCCACAUCGCGAUGCGCACCGGCAACGGCACCUCCAUCAACGGCCUGGGCGGGCUCGGCGGCCUGGACGACAGCGACCUCUUCACGUCGCUGUACAAGUCGGGCCUGAGCUCGAUCCUCAACUACAUCGAGCCGGGCGAGCAGUUCCCGAUGGCGUCGUCGACGGGCAGCACGGGCGCCUUCUCCAGCUCGGGCUCGUGCUCGUCGAGCUCGUCGAGCAGCGGCGGCCGCGACCUCGGCGCCAUCUGGAGCUCGAGCGACCGCGACGAGGGCCUGGGGGAGUCGCCGAGCUUCGACAGCGCCACGGCGCUGUCGUCCAUCUGGUCGUACCCGGCGGCGGCGCCGUCGCGACCCUCGCCCGCGCACAGCACCAGCCCGGCGGACUCGCUCCUCGGCUCGGCCAAGUGCCUCGUCUGCAGCGAGGCGAAGGUGACGCACGCGCUGGUGCCCUGCGGCCACAACUUCUUCUGCAUGGAUUGUGCCAACCGCGUCUGCGACGGCAGCGAGGCCCAGUGCCCCGUCUGCUCCUUGCCCGCCAUCCAGGCCAUCCGCAUCUACUCGCCCAACCCUUAAGUCGAUCGAUCUCGCUCGAAUCCUCCCGCGCCCACCACAUUCCCCGGGCCCGCGCCCUGUGUUCAGCUUCGGUACAGUUCGCGCCCUUC